AUGGGAGACACAGAAAUCAUGCUUUUUCAAAAUGAGGAAUUAAGAUAUGAGAACAGCCAAGUAUCUUUUGAUAUAAUUGAUUCUUCAGGCACAAAAAUGCAUAAUGGAUUAGGGAAAUUUUGUAUUACGACACAAAGGGUGUAUUUCAGCAACUCUCAAGGAGUUUGGGAAAAGGCUUUAGAAGAAAUCGGUGUUCAUGCAAUUUCUAGAGACCCAAGAAAUUUUGGUGCACCUUGCUUGUAUUGUCAACUUUUGGCUGAGGAUAUUUGCCAAUGGAUUUUUAUUCCUCAAGAUCAAAAUGAGCUUAAGCCUAUGUUUGGUAUUUUUACUCAAUGUGUAUCUAAUGCACCAUGUGAAAGCAGUCAUAUGGAAGAAGAUUUAUAG